AUGCGCCUGGACAUCGGCCAUGUUCAAGAAGCGUUGAAGACUCGUGACUCCUGGAUGGAGGAUGUCUCCAACACUCUCCACCAAAUUCAAGAGAGGGAGGAGAACCUUACAGACUACAUCAUCAACUUCAAGAAUGAGAUGAGCGCCAAGCUGGACGACAAGGUGGAACACAUUGCCUGGAAGGAAGCCAAUGACGCAUUGGAUGCUGCACUGAAGACCGUCGGUGACAUGGUUUCCUCCCUUGGCGUGGACGUGGACGACCGUCUUAAGCGCGACGUCGGAGAGCUGAAGGAUUUAUUGGGCAACAGAGAAGAGGUGAAGGACACUCAACACGAGAGUUUGCUUUGCAUUGCUUCCGCGCCCAGAUGCCACGACAGAUUUGCUAGGAUUUCGCUGCUGCGAUGGACGCUGUCAAUGCGAACCUUGAUGAGAUUCGUGCGCGGGUUGAUGCCACUAAUUCCCUCAGCCGACAGCGUGUAG